ACCAAUCAAAUGAGCUCUGGGCCGUCUGGGGAACGCGGGGCGUGGUCAGACCUACUCUGCGCUAGGUUUCUAAACUCGCGUACAGGAAAUACAAGAAUUAUCAGGACAUACAAUCUUCCAAAUGGCCGUAACCUCUGAUCAUAUCCGGGACAAACUUAAAAAAGAGCUUACGGCUGAACACGUGGACGUGGAGGACACAUCACCCAAUAGAUGUGCAACCAGCUUUAAAGUGCUUGUGGUUUCCACCCAAUUUGAGGGCAAGCCAUUAUUACAGAGACACAGGAUGGUGAAUAGCUGCUUAGCGGAGGAACUGAAAGACAUCCACGCCUUUGAACAAAAGACCCUCACCCCAGAACAGUGGGAGAAACAGCAGCCAAAAUGACCCAGACAUGUAAUGUGAUGCAUUACAUACAUAAAACAAACAAGUGCCCGUCCCAUCAGUUGAUUAUGUGCAGACUAUAGAAAUAUAUUUCAAUGUCCUGUUUUCCCUUUUUUCUGGUUUUAAGAUAAUAUGUAUCAGUUCCUUAUAUUGGCGGUCCAGCAUUUGCUCCCUCACAUAUUUGCUAAUUUUUUUUCUCUGCUUAAAUUGUAAAAUUAGAAAAGUAUAUUGAAAGUAAAUUGAUGGCGCUAACUGCAGGGGGGGAAAGAGUGCUCCAGCGUUUUUGUAAGUGCAACACUGAAUCCUGUCAUUGUUUUUUUAAUGUGCGAAACAAUUUAAAAUUUUAUGGAAAACAGUAAGAGGAUUAAAGUAUAAAACAAACACUUCUAGGGCUUUUAAAGGUUGCAUCCAGUGUUAGUGGACGCAAACAAUGCAAAAAAAGCACAAAACCUCCGGAGUCCAAAUAAAACUUCACAUGCAUGUGUGUGAAUAGAACAUUAACCAACAAUAGCAUUUGAAUCAAAGUGAAAACCAAGCAAUGACUGCUGAAUAUCAAGUAGAUGAACACUUCACUGCGUAGUGCACUUGUUAAACCGAGCAGAGGUGUCCCUAAUAGUGGACAGACGACCCCCUGCCUGUGCAACGCAUUAGCCUUGUGUACUUUGUUCGGCCAGGAGCUCCUCUUAGGGAUCUAUUGAUUUCACAGUCGGCCAUCUGAGGUUUGAUGACGCCGCUGCAGUCACUCACAGCAUUUUAAUCCAAGUUAUUAAGUACAAUGUAAACAUUUUCAUUGUAAAUCCACAGCAAAUUGCUGGUGAAUAAUCUCAUUACUUUCACAAUAAUAUUUAUAGUAUUUUACUUAAACUGCGUGACUGUGAUUUUACGAUUGAUUACAAUAAAGCUUAAAACUAUCAGAACUGUGAUUUUACAGCUAAUUACAGUGCCUUGUUGUAACACAGUUAAGUGCCUGUUUUACAUAUUUAACGUGAAAGUAAUGUAAUUAUUAGCCGGUAAUUUACUGUGAGUAUACAAUUAUGCAAAUUAAUUACUGGAAUUUACCACAUCAGGUAAAAAACAAAACAAAAACAAUGUUCAAUUCAUCAUCUUAAUUACGGUUCAAAACAUGUUUUUGAAACAUACAACCAUCAAAUAAAUGCACAGGGUUCAAACACGUCAGAAUGUUGCAGUGGAGAUUUGAGGCUGUCUCCAAGUCAAAGAUGGCAAGUUUCAAACAAGGUCUGCAUGGUUCUGCAAAACAUGGGAAUCCCAAUUUUCUUGCUGAAAAGACAGCCAAUGUUGGGGCAAUGUGUUUUGGUUGGAAAUAAUUUACUUUUUUUGUUAUCAUUGUUGUUGGACUUCUCAUUGUCUUGUUCUGCUUUUAAAAAAAAUAAAAAUUCUAAUGGUC